AUGGACCGCUCAAAGUCAUCACUUGUAAGAAAUUCUGAUGACGGCCAACAACCCGCUACUCAAGUGGACACCGAAGCAUCGAAAAUUUCAAAGGUAGUGUCUGUGAUGCGUGCAUUUGCUGAGCAAACAAAUAACUUAGGUCUUGAUGGAUUACGAGAUAAUUAUAUGAAGUUACAAGCACGUGGACCACAUCCAUCAAAUCUGACAUUUAAUGCGCAACUGCUGAACAGGACCAAAUGUCGUUAUCACGAUAUUAUGUGUUUGGAUCAGAGUCGUGUUAUUCUUCGGCCAUGGCAGAAUGACACAAGUGAUUUUAUUCAUGCAAACUGGAUUCACAAUGAACUUCUCGAGAAUACAUUCAUCUGCACCCAGGGACCAUUAAAUGAUACCUGCGCUGAUUUCUGGCGGAUGGUAUGGCAAGAAAACGUAGAAUUAAUUAUCAUGCUUUGUCGCACUUGUGAGGAAAACCGUAGUAAAUGUGCACAGUAUUGGCCUUCAAAUCCAAGUCAAGUGAUAACCUUUUGUGGUAUAACAAUACGAACAGUUGAAAAGAAAAUAGAUGAUCCGGAUGUGCAUUGUACAGCAAUCUUGAUGACAUACCGAGGGGAACGCCGAACUUUAGCUCACUACCAAUGGGUAUCUUGGCCGGAUAAAUUUGUUCCGAAUCAACUUACUGUACCAUUCACUUUGCUUAGUUCAGCUCGUGCACGAAAAACACCCACAAUCAUUCACUGUUCUGCUGGGAUCGGACGAACGGGCACUUUGGUUGUGACAUUAUUGUCAGGUCGGAUUCCAAUCGUUCCAGAAAUCAUUUGGUCAAUUAGGUCACAACGUUCUCGAGCUGUACAAAACGAAGAGCAAUAUCUGUAUAUACAUUACUUGACAGUUCAGCGACUGAUUAAUAAAGGAAUCGUAUCCGACAAAGUUAUUUCAAAAUUUUGUCGUGAAUAUGAACAUUUCUAUUUCACGCGCACGAAUCGAACGCAGAUUCCGUUACCAGUUCACGUAGGAGUGAAAGAAGCGCAGACGAAGGGUACAUCUGCACUUGAAGCUGCAUCGAAAAUCCAAGACAUGAAUAUUACAGUACCCAAUGAUUCUCGAAAGGUUCAAACGCCUAAAAAAGGAAAGGGAACGAAGAAGAAAAAACAGCAAGCCGUGGAAGUCACUGAAGAACGAGUUCCGUCAGGAGAAACGUUAACCGCCGAACCAGCAAAGCCAUCGCGAUCUGUAGUUGACCUCCAGCAGCAGUAUCAGGAGGCUCAAUAUGCUUUAUUAGAAUCUUACCGUAAAGCGCAAAUGGCGUUACUAAAAACGUAUGAGAAAAAAAAACGGCUAGGUUUUCAACUGAAGACCGGUCAAAUUACGUCACAAGGAUCCACUAAGCAAAAAGCACAGAAAGAAGCGCAAGCUGCUAUUGCUGAAGUCGCCGGGAUUAAUAUUAAAAAAAGCAUUCACUUGUAUUAUAUCCAGCAAACGAAAACUGAAGGAGGUGACGAACGCGUACCAUCUGUUUACGCUUUCCUAACUGAUGAAGUUUGGAAAUUCAAAAGAAUGGAAGAAAGACAAGCUCAGAAAGACGAUGAUGAGAUAAAUCGCGCAGACUAUGUUUUUAUGCAACCUAUAUAUGCAAGCAUCUAUGGACCAACUCCAAGGAAAAAUGUGCAACACGAUGUAGUGGAAAAAUAUGUAAUGAAUAUGCUUCCGGAACAGUACUUUGAUAGAUCGGAAAUUGAACCCGUUCGGACAACUAAAGGUAGACCUAAAGCAAGCAAAAGACGUACUAGUAAAUCACCUCAAAAAACAAAGGAUAAAUAA